AUGACAACCUCUCACCUCCCCUUAUUCGGCGGCCCAAGAGCCUGGUCCCAAGAUGACUGGACCUCCUCCGACGAUCGAGUCCGCGGCGGCUCCUCAAUCUCACACCUAUCCGCUUCGUCUUCCUCCCUCGAAGCAAAGUUCCACGGUACCCUCGACAUAAAAACACUAGGUGGUGCAGGCUUCGCUUCCCAACGCACAACCGGAGACCUCGACUGGGACCUAUCCCUCUACGACGGAAUUGAACUGGUUCUCGGACCCAGCGAUGGGAAAACAUACACUCUUACACUUAAAGAUCAGAUUUUGCCGAAAAGGCCUGAUGGGAGGGACAGAAGCUCUGUGAGUUGGGAAUUUGAUUUUAAGUCGAAGAGUGGUGGGAAGCUUUUCAUUCCUUGGGGUGCUUUUCGGCCUACGUAUCGGGGGAGAGAGGUUGAGGGGGGAAAGUUGGAUUUGAAGGGAAUUAAGAGAGUGGGGAUUAUGGUUAGGAGCUUUUUUGGGGAGCAGGAGGGUGAUUUUGAGUUGGGGAUUUAUUCUAUUUCGGCUUUGAGGGGGGUUCGAAGGGGUGGAGAGGAGUUUGAUGAAAAGGUUGAGUGGGCGAGGGAGGGGAAGAGAGAGAGAGGGUGGUUCUCUUGGUUGAGUUCUUGUCUUGGUCGUCGAUUUUAG